GUUCAUCCAUGGGGAAGCGAGCCUCAACCAAGCGUCGCCCAGUCACUUCUAAUAAAUCCUCCUCAUCUUCCUCGUCUUCGCCCAUUCUAGGAGUGAAAGAUCUUGUCAAAUGGCCAGCUCGGUUACUACUGGAUCCAAGUCAGUUCUGGACCUUGGCUAUUUUGUUACUCGUAGGUGAAGCCAUUCUGAAUCUUUUUAUUAUUCAACGUGUUCAAUAUACCGAGAUUGAUUGGAAAGCUUAUAUGCAACAAGUAACAACGUUUCUGAAUGGUGAACGCGACUAUACCAAGAUAAGAGGUGACACUGGACCGCUUGUGUAUCCUGCUGGCUUUCUCUAUAUUUAUUCGUUUUUUUACUAUCUUACUCAACAAGGUACGCGGAUUCGAGUGGCUCAAUAUUUGUUUGCUGCCAUUUACUUGGUGACUCAAUAUAUUGUCUUUUCUAUCUAUGCCAAAUCUAAAAAAAUCCCACCUUAUGUGAUCUUGAUGCUAUGUAUUUCCAAAAGAUUACAUUCCAUCUAUGUACUUCGAUGUUUCAAUGAUCCUGUGGCCAUGUUGUUUAUGUAUGGUAGUAUCCUUGCUCUUAUAUACCGACGCUGGUGGUUGGCUUCGACAUUGUAUAGUGUGGCCAUGGCUAUCAAGAUGAAUGUAUUACUCUUCUUCCCCGGACUUGGUGUGGUGUUAUGGCAAUCUGUAGGUGCAUGGACAACGUUCGGUUUGAUUGGCUGGAUCGCCGCAUGUCAGUGCCUGGUAGCCUAUCCAUUUUGGUCCGAAGCUAAUUCCUAUUUUUUAAAGGCUUUUGAAUUCUCACGUGUGUUUGAUUAUCAAUGGACAGUCAAUUGGCGGAUGAUCGAUGAAAAGUUAUUUGUCUCUCAAACCUGGGCCAAUUGGUUAUUACUUGGACAUCUUUCUGUUUUAUUUAUCUUUGUUAUCAAUAUCUGGUGUAAAAAUUCGGGUGGUAUGAUCCGUACCUUUCUCCGAGGAUUUGAACGUAAUGGUACAAGAAUACUCUCUGUUGAUGAUAUCCUCAGUAUUAUGUUCACAUCCAACUUGAUUGGCAUGACAUUUGCAAGAUCACUUCAUUAUCAAUUCUACUCCUGGUAUUUCCACACAUUGCCUUACUUGGUAUUUCAAAGUGUAUGGGUAGCAGUACAAUAUGCUCAGUUCCGUACACAAAUCCGGUUGUUCCUGCUGGCCACUUUGGAAGGUUGCUGGCUGACUUUCCCCUCUACUGAAAAUAGUUCUUGGACCUUGUUGGCUUGUCACGUCGUCAUCUUAAUGGGUAUUCUCAAUGGUGAACAAUUUCCUGAUUAUACUGUGCCUUCUUUCCUUCUUCCUAACCCUGAUACUUCAACUUCCUAGAACACAGUAGAAUUACAAACACACAUUUUUUUUAUUUAUUAUUAUCAUUAUUAUUAUUAUUUUUAUGUUGGUGAUUGAAUCAAACAGUACAAUAAAUAUAUAUCUAUCGAUUAAC